UGUGUAUUUUUGCUGAUGUGAGAACGUCCGCGUGCUCGCCUUUGUGUCGCAACCCUUCAGAAAGCGCGCGCUCUUCUCGCGGCGGUGCAGGAACAACAAAGCGCGCCCCGCGCAGCGAGUCCGCAGCCAGCCAGGUCCCUUCAGACAGACAGGAGAGCUGCUCAGUCAGUGCUCACACACCCCAGCCCCAGCGCAGCUCCCAACGCCUUCACACGGACCGCACCGCACCACAGCGCCCAUACGCCACGCUGCUCCACGCUGCGCGACACGGGAGAGCGCACAGGACGAAGUAAUCUUGUCCUCAUGGCCAGAUCGAGUUGUUGAUGCUGUUCAGGGAUGCGAAGAUGCAACAUUUUCCCAACUCCCCACCCACCGAGUCGCUGAUCUCAAGACCGUUCCCGUUGGACCUGCUCUCCGCCGGCUUUGAACCCACAAACGCCGCCGACGCCCCCGCCCCCGCCGGUAACCACAGCAGCAGCGGCAGCUCCUGCACCUACAAGGAGGACUUUAAGCAGAUCCUGCUCCCCGCGGUGUACAUCGUCGUCUUCGUGCUGGGCCUUCCUCUCAACGCGGUGGUCAUACUGAAGAUAUGGAGGACGAGGCCCCACGUCUCCCGGAACAACGUCUACAUGCUCAACCUGGCCAUCGCCGACUUUCUGUACGUGACGUCGCUCCCGCUGCUCAUCUACAACUACGCCAGCCAUGACUACUGGCCCUUUGGGGAGUUCGCCUGCAAGCUGGUCAGGUUUCAGUUUUACAGUAAUCUGCAUGGCAGCAUCCUCUUCCUCACCUGCAUCAGCGUGCAUCGCUACAUUGGCAUCUGCCACCCCUUCGCCGUCUGGCACAAACAGGGCGGCCGCAGGAUGGCGUGGGGCAUCUGCGCAGGGGUGUGGGUGGUGGUCAUCCUCCUCUGCGGGCCCACGUUCAACUUCGCCGCGACGGGGAUCCAGCGCAACCGCACGGUCUGCUACGACCUGAGCACGCCGCCGCGCUCGCUGGACUACUAUCCCUACGGCAUGGCGCUGACCUUCCUCGGCUUCCUGCUGCCCUUCCUGGGCGUGAUGGUCUGCUACUGCCGCAUGGCCCACGUCCUCUGCCGCCCCGCGUCCUACGGCGGCGUCUCGGCGGCCACGGGCGAGAAACGGGACAGGGCCGUGAGGAUGAUCCUGGUGGUGGCGGCCGUGUUCUGCGUGAGCUUCCUGCCCUUCCACCUGACUAAGACCGCGUACCUGGUGGUGCGCACGUUGCCCGACGCCCCCUGUCAGACGAGGAACCUGUUCGCCAUCAUCUACAAGAGCACGAGGCCGUUCGCCAGCAUGAACAGCUUCCUGGACCCCAUCUUGUUUUACUUCACCCAGCCGCGUUACCGCCGCAGCACCAGGAGGUUCAUGCUCAGGGUGACCACCCUCAGGGACAGGGGAACCUCGGCGUGAGCAGGUCCCAUUUUUCAAGCCAGAUGCCCUUAAAGAUGCAACGUAAAAGGAAGCAAGCGGCACACUUUAGUCAAAUUCUUAGCCACGACCGUCAGGUUCAGGGUGUGUUCCCGACUUCCAGAGGAAGAGACUGAAACCCGUGACUGAUCGGCUGAGGAGCGCCGGAUUCGCACAUGGCCAGCGUCGUACCUGCGAGACGUUUGUUUAGCUGCCGCUGUGCGAAUUAAAGGAGACAUUCUCUGUUUGUCAAGAAGGGAACCGUCACGCCGCCGUGAACCACUGUAAACAGUUUCCCCAUUGUGCUUCCUCUGUUCAGCGAAGCCAAACUAACAGCAAAUGCUGCGGAGAACGAAUGGGACGAGUAGGUGUGUAAAACCCACCCGAAAUAAUGCAACUUAUUAAUGUGUCGUUUUGUUAUUGCACUCGCAAGUAGUAAUAGAGAUUGAAACUGAAAAGUGUUUUUGCAACUUAGCUCAUCAGUUAUAUUAUUAUUAUUAUUAUUAUUAUUAUUAUUAUUAUCUAUAAUCUAUAUGAAGAUCUGUGCAUUUAUUCAGCAUAGAAACGUGUUGAAACUGUAGGACGUGUUGUUUCACGUUUUCACCACUGGGGGGUGUGUGUACUCCACUGCACUUAAACACUGGCUCUGCAUAGAAUGUAAUCGGUGUGAUUUAUUCAUUAUCUGCCCCAGCACUUCAUUAUGAACCACUUACAACCAAACUCCUGCUCACACCGCGCUAAAGCCGACAGUUCGGACACCGUUUUAUGGGGUAACAUUACCACAUCGCAUAUUCUAGCAAAACAAAUUAGUGCAUAGGGGACAGAAGGGCCGUUUAUGGACCUAAAGCAAGCCUAGACUCUCCGGUUCUCCUCUUUCUGUGAAACUGCGAACCCUUCCUGAUUCGGUUCUGAGAACUGGAAAAAGCUUGUUGGAGAUUAGAGACUAAAAAAAAAAACUAAGGAUUGGGUCAUUUUAUUUUCACCUGAUAGAGAUGUGUACAAAGCUUUAAAAUGAAUUGCCGCAGCCCUUCAACACAGAGGCGUGACAUUUUUUGAACAUCUCUGCAGCCUUUCCAGUUUUAGUACUGAUCUUUCUGUUGAUAUGGAUACGCUUACGCCUUCUUCUUGUAGCCAUUUUCUGACCUGCAACGUUUAGGACACAUCCAACUUAUUGAAAUAAAUUCAAUUCAAUUCAAUUUUAUUUAUACAGCGCCAAUUCAUGAAACAUGUCAUCGCGAGGCACUUUACAAAGUCAAAUUCAAUCAUAUUAUACAGAAUAUGAAUGACGUGGUUACUUGUCUUACCCAUUUUGAAGAGUCAGUAUGAGAAAAAGUACCUCUGCUCUAUAUCAUAUGUAAAUGUUAAAAGUCAUAAAUUAUACAAACGAAGUUGUUAGACACUGUUCUCAACUUGAAGGAAGUAUGGUGUAGAUUAAAAAUGGCUUUGGUUAGAUUUGUUCUAUAGGAAUUAUUAGGUUAACUGUCACCGGCACUUUUGAUUUAAAACAUUUUUCAAAACACGUCUUUGCGUGAGACGAUCCUGCCGCAAUAAAAGGAGAAUUUAUUUAAAGGCUUUUUACGCAUCUCUCUGAGUUCCGCCUUGCAACGCGGAUGAUCUUGUCUGGAGAAGGAGCGCACCGCUUAGCAUAACACUGUUUUUAUAGGUCUAACUGGAGGCAGUCUAAAUCCUGUACCAUAUUCAAGUUUGUAUAUUCCAAAUGUAUUAACUGCGCACAGCGGAUUACAUUUUGUGUUUUUGCUCGUGCUGCGUGAUUUUGAUUGUCAGCCUCUCUCGUUUUUCUUUCACCCAGCUUAAAGGGAAACGUGUGCUUUUUUAUUAGGUUUUGUUAGAAAAUGCAUUUUUGAAUGCAGAAACUGUGAAUCUGUGCCACAAUGAACAGUAUAACAAUGAAUUUGCUGCACAUAUGUAUUUUUUUUUUAUUUUUGUUUAUGACUAAUUCACCAUGUUAAGAAUCCCAUUCGUGAGGUAGCUAGCUUUUACAUUUCGUCUCCACUGUGCGCUUCGUAUGUGUUUAGCAGAGAGGACGGCAAAGCUCCUGUUGACUUAAUGUUCGGUAAAUGUGUGAAAUGUUUAUGCAUUUGAAAUGCACGGUAGAUUUUAGACCCAAAUGUGAAGUAAUGUGUGUGAAGCUUUGCCUUUUCAGCGUCGCAAUGUAAUAAGUUAUAAAAAGUGUCCCCAUCCAUGCUGUAAAUGUGAGGCUUUAUCAUCGGUGGGGUGUGAUGAUGGCAACUUCUAUUAAUUCUGCACUGUACCAAGGUUAUUGUGGCAGUUCGUUGUGUUUUGAAGAGGUCUGAAGUUUUUUUUUUUUGUUUUUUGUUUUUUUUUUAGAAAUACUGUAACACAGAUGUGUCAAGAAAAUUGUUCUGUAUGAUUUUUUUUUGUGUGUUUUGAAUGUUAUUUUUUAUUGACUUAGACGCCAUGUCUAGCAUUAUGUGAAUAUUAUUUUCAUAAUGUAAAAGUAACUAAAAAAAAAAAAAAAGAAUAAAAGGCCAUGCCUACAUACAUUUUAUGGGCUGUGGUUUAAAAUGCUUUCAUCAUGAA